CUUUGUAGAAGAGCAUGUCGAACCUCCCAAAGCUCAUGAGAACGAUGCCGUCAAGCGUCCUGUCACUGCUUUGUACAACUCAUGGGCUGCAGAUGGACGAGAUAUUGUGAUGGAGCUUACUCACUCGGCUACGUUUGAAGAGAUGUGGGAGUUUAUCUUGGAAACCAAGGGUUCUUCCAAAAAGAAGUUCUCAGUGAUCGAUGCUGGAUGCGGGAACGGUUGGGCAGUUCGGAAGAUGGCUGAACAUCCCCAAUGCUCUGAGGUUCACGGAGUGGAUGGCGCAGCCUUGAUGAUCGAAAAAGCUCAGUCCCUAGACGAAGAUAAUGAGAAGACCUCGUACUCCAUUCAAGACAUCCAAUACUGGACACCUGAGCAAUCUGUUGACGUCGUGACGCUAGUCGAAGUUCUGUACUUUCUCGACAAUCCUGAGAGAACAGUGAAGCACAUUUCAGAAUCUUGGUUGAAGAAAGGGGGCCGAUUUAUUGCAAGCUUGGACUGCUAUCGUGAGAAUAAGUUGUCACAUUCGUGGGAGGAUGAUCUCGGCAUUCAGAUGCACUGCAUGUCUGAGAAAGCAUGGGACAGAGUCUUGAAAGCAGCGGGACUGACUGACGUGAAGGUCUGGCGUGCAAAACCAACAGGACCAUGGCAAGGAACUUUAAUCGUAACAGGUGUGAAAAGAUGAAAGAUAUCGGUUAUUUCACCACAAGGAAUAGACUUGUGAUCUAGGUUUGAGAGAUGGCCUCUCAAAAUGUUUCUAUAGAAUUAUUUGCUUAUCAAAAUUCUGUUGGAGGAAGUGGAGAUGCAUGGGAAUGAAUGUAAAACUUUGAAUCUCAUUGCGGUUGUGUUAUUCAUCACAUUCCAUCAACCCACUCAUAGUAGUGUUGAGAGUCUCAUUCGCGAUGUUCUCAAGAGGCAGCCCUCGCAUGAGGCAUGAGAGGAUUUCAAUGCUCUCCACUUCAUCUGUCUCAUUCGCCCACUCCAGCGCUCUCCACCCUCG